CUGGAAGUUCCCACCAUCGUUCAUGUUCGUUACACUCCCGACUCUAAAAGUAGCACCAGUCUCGCAACCCUUCAAAAGGGCUCAACUAGGUCUUUUCCAAGGAAAAUCAAAACGCUAUGGCAACAACGUGCCAUUUUCGAAACAUAAAACGCGCAGAACAUGGUUGCCUAACGUUCAGCGCAAACGGCUACCCUCCGAGGCACUGGGAAAGGAUAUCAGAGUCAAAUUAACAACUAGAGCACUGAAGACCAUCAAAAAGCAUGGAGGAAUUGACAAUUACUUGCUGCAAACACGACACGAAACAUUAGGAUGUGAAGGGCUGCGAUUGAGGCUAGUUGUUCGCGAAGCCCAGAAGAAUCCUCCACCUCCACCCAGGGAGACGGCUGAAGAAAGAACGCUACGCGAAGAGAACGAGCUUCUUGUCCGGAGAACCGAGAAAGCUGUGUCGGAUCGAGCUUCAGAACUUCGAAAUGUGGUAGAGAAGAAGAAGCCGACAUUAGAGACAGCUAGUGCAGCACGCGAGCAGGCGUUGAAGGCAUUGGGUGGUUCAGCCAGCCCAGGCUCAAUAAUAGACUACCUUCGAAAGCAAAAGAAGGAGCAGAAGUCACUACUGGGAUCUGCAUUCGCCAACAUGUCGAUAUCUUAACUAUUCAUUAGAUCUCACGCAAUAUAUCCCGCU